CCGCAGAUGCGAUUUGCUCCUAAAGCUCCGCCUCGCAGAGCGCCACCAAAGGUGGAGGUUAAAUCUGAGAAGGUAGAGGACGCUGAUGAUGUUCAGGCCAAGGAUUUGCUCCAACGUUUCAAUCAAGCGUCCCUGAGGUCAAGGCCUAAAGUCGAAAAGAAGGUUGCAGCUUCUCAAGUAGCAUUUGGUUAUGGAGGUGGAUCAACUACAAUGAAAUCAUUUGGUGUUCCUAGGGGUGCAUUUGGUAGUAGCAGGGAUCAAGGUGAUGCCAAUACCCUAGGUCUAAGUGAGGAAAAAGAAUACAAAGAACCAUGGGACUAUUACAGUUAUUAUCCUGUAACACUUCCUAUGAGGAGAACCUAUUCAGGAAAUCCAGAGCUUCUUAAUGAGGAGGAAUUUGGGGAGACUUCAGAAACUAGAAUACUUGAUGAAAAUUCAAGGAAUCUAGCGGAAGAACUUGGUCUAUUGGAGGAGAAAUUGGAACCUACUAUGUUCUUUAUUCAGUUACCACCCACUGUACCUAUGGUAAAGAAAUCAGAAAGUGUAGAGGAGCAUAAGGUAGAUGGCAGCUCAAAGCCACCAGCUCGUGAACCUGCUAAAGGGAAGCCAUCUGGUUUGGAUGAGUUACCACCAGGCCUCAUGGGUAAAAUGCUAGUUUAUAAAAGUGGUGCUGUCAAGUUGAAGCUAGGGGAUACCCUUUUUGAUGUAUCCCCAGGUUUGAAUUGCGUGUUUGCCCAAGAUGUUGCUGCCAUUAAUACCACCGAGGGGCACUGUUGUGUUGUUGGGGAGCUAAACAAGCGUGUCGUUUUGACACCAGAUGUUGAUUCUAUUUUAGAUAGCAUGAAUGAUCUCUGAUGUUUUUACUAGUUUACAUGCAAAGAUUAAAUUGAUAGGUUAAUAUUAGAAAGGAGAAAUUUUACAUUUUUAAGAUAUACUGAAUCAUAAACUGCAACAAGAUCACAACUUGGAACACAACUUGGAACAUUUACAAACUCCUUUCGAAAAAGGAGAAGGAAAAUAAAUACUAAUCCAGUGUUGUCCCUUUUCUUUCUAAGCUAUGUGUUCUGAAGAAGAAUUAGGAUUUUUUUAGGUGCUGAAUCUUGAUUUAGGUAGUAGAGUGGAGAGGUUGGCGUGGGUCACUUGUUUGUUUAAACCAGGCUUGAACACACGAAUUCAAUUUCUACUCUUCUAUUUGUGAUCUUGGAUUCUAAUGUUCAUUUUAUCUAAGAAAAUAUUAGUUCUUCU